AUCUGAUUUGCAAAUUUACUAAUGUGAAUAAUUUUCUAUCGUUUUUUAUCGUUUGCUAUUCUACCAAAAAAUUUUACCAGGUUAUUCACGUUGUAUGUAUAUAAUAAAACAUACAUAGGUGUAUACAUAGAUGCACUUAUAAAAAGCUUUUGCUAUAUUUUAUAUUUUGUCCGAGAUUAUAACUGUUUACAUCGAUCAGAAACAGAAUUGAAUAUUAAAAUUUAAGAUAAAUGACAAAUACAAAGCGCUUGCGACAAUGAUAAAUAUUUCACAAGUAAAUUGGUGAGUUACUUAUUUUAUGAUUUUAUGAAGACAAAACGCAAUUUAAGGUCUAUUAAAUUUCUACAACUUUCUUACUGCUUUCUUAAGUUUUUCUCAAUAUAUUUGAAUAUAGUAUCACAUUACAUAGUUGUCGUAUAAAGUUUGCAAAACGCGACUGUACACGCAAACAGUAGAGGGAAAGUGGAGAACGAUAUUGCUAGUUUAGUAUUAUUAUAAUUAUAUAGCUGCUGUACGCGGAGGGGAAGCUAAAAGAACAGUACUGCCAUUGAAAAGUCGUCAUGUAUCUAUAGACAUUCUGAGGUUUAUGAAAUUUUACAAAGUUUGCGGUGCUACUAAUAGAGAGGAAGACGUCCGUUUUAUAAAUGUGAAGAAACUCAACUUUUUAAUCGUAUUCUAUACUCAUCAACGAAUUACAGCUCUGCAAAAUUAAGAAUUUAUAUAUGACACAAAUUAGAAUAACGAGAAUAGUUCGAUAUAUUAACGUUUUGGUAAAUUUUUAUGAAUGAGAUUAAAAACGCGGAAUAUGCAGGUCCUUGAAUUUGUAUUAAAAAUUCUUAUGGUUGUCGGAUGUUGGCCACCGAAUUCUUGGACGUCAUUAUGUAAACGUACCAUGUAUAACGCAUAUACUGUUUUCCUAAUGUUGCUGCUGUUCUCCUUUGCGCUGGCUCAACUUAUGGAUAUCAUUCUAAAUGUCGAUAAUACCGACGAUUUUACAGAGACUUUCUAUAUCAUGCUUGCCAUGAUCAUUUCUUGUUGUAAAAUGAUUGGUCUUUUGGUAAAUCGUAAAAAUAUAGGAAUAUUAACUAAUAUUCUUACUGAGAAACCAUUUGUACCAUUGGAGGCUGAUGAAAUAAAAAUUCGUCACAAAUUCGACAAAACAAUACAGGCUAACACUUUACGGUACGCAAUUUUGGUUGAGAUAACGUGUGCAUGCGGCAUAGUAACAUCAUUAUUCACGCAUUUCCGGAAAGGUAAUUUAACGUACAGAGAGUGGACACCGUAUAAUUAUACAUCCGAUGUGGUAUUCUGUGUUAUAUACACUCGUCAAUUAAUAAACACGUUUAUCGGCUCCAUGGUGAACGUAGGAUGCGACAGUUUGAUUUGUGGUUUAUUAUUGUACGUAUGCUGUCAGAUUGAAAUACUGGAGUGCCGGCUGAAAAAGGUCUACUGCCAAAACGAUUUGCGUGAAUGUGUACGUCAGCACAACUGUAUAUUUAAGUUUGCAGUAAUGGUGAACGAAAAAUUCAAGAUAAUUAUUGCCAUUCAAUUUGUAGUGAGCACACUAGUGGUGUGCUCCAACUUAUAUCAAUUGGCGAGGGUAACAUUGAAUGCGCAAUGCUUUCCAUUGAUAUUAUACACAUGCUCUAUGUUAACACAAAUUCUUAUCUAUUGCUGGUAUGGAAAUGAAGUGAAGCUAAAGAGUGUUCAACUCGUCACUAAUAUCUUUGGAAUGGAAUGGCUGACCAUGAAAGAAAACAGAAAACAGACUUUACUAAUAAUUAUGAAUCGUGCAUUAAUACCCAUUGAAUUUUCUAGCGCAUAUAUUCUUACAAUGAAUCUUGAUUCUUUCGUUAUCUUACUUAAAACAUCAUAUUCGGCUUAUAACAUACUCCAACAAACAAUGCAAACAACAUAAUUUAAAUAGAAAAUAAAAUAGAAGUAAGAAAAUUUUCCAAUUAAACUACCUGUGUCAUUAAUAAUAGUCAUUAAAACUUCUUGUUAUUUACAGUGUUAUUAAAUACAUGAAUAAUAAUUAAUUAAUAUACAA